AGAAAUCAAGAAAGGUAUAUAAAAAAACUUACACAACACAAAGAAAAAUCAUUCCUUUAAAGAUCUUGAUCGACAAAACAGGAGUGUGUAUUCUUGGUGUUUGUGUGUGUUCUGUAUCUGGGACUAUCUACAUUGAUUUCAUCAAACAAAAAAAAUUAUCUUUUUACAUAAAUAUGCAGAAAAAAAGAUGGAGGAAGUUAGGGUUGCUGAGGAGAAUGCUAACGUGCGCCAUAGCUUUAAUUUCAAUGGUGGCUCUGUUUUCUGCUCAUUUGCUGCUGUUCUCCCCUCCUUCACAAGUUUCCAUGCUUCCUGAUCCCUACACACUCCCUAUGCAACAUGAAUUUCGAUACCAGAAGUUGAGCACAGAGCAAAGCUGGAUUCAACCCCAUUUGCCAAAAGUUCCUGUCCCUGCUCUCAAGUUGGAUGGUGCUAAUGGCUCAUUGGAUCUCAACAAGUUGUGGAAACAGCCACCGAACCGUAACUUCACCCCUUGUGUUGAGCCAAGUUCAUCCUAUUCAGCUCCACAAGAAACUCGAGGUUACUUGCUUGUUCAUACAAAUGGCGGACUCAAUCAAAUGCGCGCCGGGAUAUGUGAUAUGGUAGCCGUUGCGCGCAUUAUAAACGCUACGCUUGUGGUACCCGAGCUCGAUAAACGCUCGUUUUGGCAAGAUACAAGCAAAUUCUCUAAUGUAUUUGACGAAGAUUAUUUCAUUACUUCAUUGGCUAACGAUGUAAAAAUAAUCAAGAAACUUCCUAAAGAAUUGCGGACCGCCACCCGAGCAGUUAAGCAAUUUAGAAGUUGGUCGGGGAUUGAUUACUAUGAGCAAGAGAUUGCAAGCUUGUGGGAUGAUUAUCAGGUUAUUCGUGCAGCGAAAUCCGAUUCAAGGUUAGCUAAUAAUAACCUUCCUCCUGAUAUCCAGAAAUUGCGUUGUCGUGCAUGUUACCAAGCCCUCCGCUUCUCGCCGCACAUAGAAGCAAUGGGAAAAUCGUUGGUGGACCGGAUGAGGGCUUACGGUCCUUACAUUGCCUUGCAUUUGCGGUAUGAAAAGGACAUGCUCGCCUUUAGUGGAUGCACACAUGAUUUAUCCAUUGAAGAAGCUAAUGAGCUUACAGCUAUUAGAGAAAAUACGUCGUAUUGGAAAGUGAAAGACAUUGAUUCCAACGAACAAAGAGCAAAAGGGUAUUGUCCUUUGACUCCAAAAGAAGUCGGAAUAUUACUUACGGCCCUUGGAUUUCCGCCUACAACGCCUAUAUAUAUCGCUGCCGGAGAAAUAUAUGGUGGCGAUUACCGUAUGGCAGAUCUCACUUCUCUCUUCCCCAUGUUAAUGAAUAAGGAAAAAUUGGCAACAGUUGAGGAGCUUGAUCCAUUCAGCAACCAUGCAUCUCAAAUGGCUGCUUUAGACUAUAUUGUAUCGGUGGAGAGUGACAUAUUUAUCCCUUCGUAUUCUGGGAAUAUGGCAAGGGCUGUUGAGGGUCAUCGACGUUUUCUGGGACACAGGAAAACUAUUUCUCCCGACAGAAAACUCCUUGUUCGCAUUUUCGACAAAAUUGCUAAUGGCACGAUGAAAGAUAGCAAGAAACUUUCAAGUCGGAUAAUUGAGAUUCACAAAAGACGGCAAGGCUCACCAAGGAAGAGGAAAGGUCCCAUCUCCGGGACAAAAGGAACAUUCAGAUUCCGUUCAGAAGAACCGUUUUACGUCAACCCUUUGCCCGACUGCUUAUGUCAAAAGAAAUCAACAAGAAAUGAAAAUAGCACCGACAUUGUCAUCAACCACUUAAGUAUAUGGUCAGGGCGGGUUGGUGACUUGUCAAAAUGGGGUUCAGGUCAAAACGGGUUCUAACCAAAUAAAGUAAGCCUAAAGCAUCUUGUUUUGUAUGCAUUGUGAUGUGAAGCAUGAUGAUGUGGCUGCUUGCCUUUUCGGCUUCGCGUUGAGGAAAGUAGAGGUGAAAAAGAUGAGAUUUUGGAGAUGGUUUUGGGUGGCAUACUUUAUAGAAGUAGUUUGUGUAUUCAAUCCAUUCUUAUUUAAAGCAAUAAAAUAGAGAAGAUAGGAAGUUCAAUUAUAUACACCUUUCAGAUGUUACUCACAUUUUAGCUGAUAACAAUUUCUUUUUUCUUAA